GUGGAAGCCACCGAUGACGCCUUUUGGGACCAGUUCUGGGCGGACACGACCACCUCCGUGCAGGAUGUCUUCGCGUUGGUGCCGGCGGCCGAGAUCCGGGCGGUGCGGGAGGAGUCACCCUCCAACCUGGCCACGCUGUGCUACAAGGCUGUGGAGAAGCUGGUGCAGGCCGCCGAGAGCGGCUGCCACACAGAGAGGGAGAAGCAGGUCGUCCUGAGCUGCAGCCGGCUCCUCACCCGCGUGCUGCCCUACAUCUUCGAGGACCCGGACUGGAGGGGCUUCUUCUGGUCCACUGUGCCCGGCGCGGGACGGGCAGGGGUAGAGGACGACGAUGAGAAUGCCCGGCCCCUGGCCGAGUCCCUGCUCCUGGCCAUCGCCGACCUGCUCUUCUGCCCAGACUUCACAGUCCACAGCCACCGGAGGAGCACUGUGGACUCGGCAGAGGACGUCCACUCCCUGGACAGCUGUGAAUACAUCUGGGAGGCCGGCGUGGGCUUCGCUCACUCCCCUCAGCCCAGCUAUGUCCACGACAUGAACCGCGUGGAGCUGCUGAAACUGCUGCUGACCUGCUUCUCGGAGGCCAUGUACCUGCCGCCAGCUCCAGACAGCAGCAGCACCAACCCGUGGGUGCAGUUUUUUUGUUCCACAGAGAACAGACACGCCCUGCCGCUCUUCACCUCUCUGCUCAACACCGUGUGUGCCUAUGACCCUGUGGGCUACGGGAUCCCCUACAACCACCUGCUCUUCUCCGACUACCGGGAGCCGCUGGUGGAGGAGGCCGCCCAGGUGCUCAUUGUCACCUUGGACCACGACAGUGCCACCCGCGCCAGCCCCACAGUGGAUGGCACCACCACAGGCACCGCCAUGGACGAUGCUGAUCCCCCAGGGCCUGAGAACCUGUUUGUGAACUACCUGUCCCGCAUCCAUCGAGAGGAGGACUUUCAGUUCAUCCUUAGGGGCGUGGCCCGCCUGCUGUCCAACCCCCUGCUCCAGACCUACCUGCCCAGCUCCACCAAGAAGAUCCAGUUCCACCAGGAGCUGCUGGUCCUCUUCUGGAAGCUCUGUGACUUCAACAAGAAAUUCCUCUUCUUUGUGCUGAAGAGCAGUGAUGUCUUGGACAUUCUGGUCCCCAUCCUCUACUUCCUCAACGACGCCCGAGCCGAUCAGUCUCGGGUGGGCUUGAUGCACAUCGGCGUCUUCAUCCUGCUGCUUCUGAGUGGGGAGCGGAACUUCGGGGUGCGGCUGAACAAGCCCUACUCAGUGCGCGUGCCCAUGGACAUCCCGGUCUUCACGGGGACGCACGCGGACCUGCUCAUUGUGGUGUUCCACAAGAUCAUCACCAGCGGGCACCAGCGGCUGCAGCCCCUCUUCGACUGUCUGCUCACCAUCGUGGUCAACGUGUCCCCCUACCUCAAGAGCCUGUCCAUGGUGGCCGCCAACAAGCUGCUGCACCUGCUGGAGGCCUUCUCCACCACCUGGUUCCUCUUCUCGGCCGCCCAGAACCACCACCUGGUCUUCUUCCUCCUGGAGGUCUUCAACAACAUCAUCCAGUACCAGUUUGACGGCAACUCCAACCUGGUCUACGCCAUCAUCCGCAAGCGCAGCGUCUUCCACCAGCUGGCCAACCUGCCCACCGACGCCCCCGCCAUCCACAAGGCGCUGCAGCGGCGCCGGCGGGCGCCCGAGCCCCUGUCUCGCACCGGCUCCCAGGAGGGCGCCUCCAUGGAGGGCUCGCGGCCGGCCGCCCCUGCUGAGCCCGGCACCCUCAAGACCAGCCUGGUGGCCACCCCAGGCAUAGACAAGCUGACGGAGAAGUCCCAGGUGGCUGAGGACGGCACCUUACGGUCCCUGGAGCCCGCGUCCCAGCCAGGCUCAGAGGACGGCAGCCCGGCCACGGAGGAUCAGGAGCCCAGCCAGGCCUGGCGGGAGCAGCGGCGACUGUCCAGCGCGUCGGCCGGUGGACAGUGGAACCCGACGCCGGAGUGGGUCCUGUCCUGGAAGUCCAAGCUGCCCCUGCAGACCAUCAUGAGGCUGCUGCAGGUGCUGGUCCCUCAGGUGGAGAAGAUCUGCAUUGACAAGGGCCUGACGGAUGAGUCACAGAUCCUGAGGUUCCUGAGGCACGGCACCCUGGUGGGGCUGCUGCCGGUGCCGCACCCCAUCCUCAUCCGCAAGUACCAGGCCAACUCGGGCACUGCCACGUGGUUCCGCACCUACAUGUGGGGCGUCAUCUAUCUGAGGAAUGUGGACCCACCCGUCUGGUACGACACGGACGUCAAGCUGUUUGAGAUCCAGCGGGUGUGAGGACGGCAGC